CAAACACCUUAAUUCCUCUCACUUCCCAGUUCCCACCAUCACCACCUGGUCAUCCUAACCAUCAUCAUCAUAAGUAAUUAAAUUAAUCAUAUUCAGUAACCCAAUAACAGAGAUUGGACCAAAGCUUAAAACUUUGAGUGCAACUCUAGAAUGUCUAAUUGCAUCCCAGUUCUGCUCAUUUCUCUCUUGUUUCUGUUACUCAACUCCGCUCUGGCCGAUCCACGAGCGACAGAGGCGGCUCUGAUAUGUACAAACGACACCGCUUUGGUGGCACAGAGACAGUCCUUCAUAGCCAACUUCCUGGCAGCCCUGGACACGCUGACCCGUCUCAUUUCCCGCCAAAAGUACGCUGCCGUCGUCAACGGCACCGGAAACACCACCGUAUACGCUUUCGGCGAGUGCAUGAGAGAUCUUUCUCAAACAGACUGCAACCUCUGCUUUGCUCAGUGCAAGACACAGAUUCUGAGGUGCCUGCCGUUUCAGAAGGCCACUCGUGGGGGUAGGCUUUUCUACGACGGGUGUUAUCUCCGGUACGACGACUUCAAUUUCUUUAAUCAGAGUUUGAGCGCCCAAGACACGAGUGUCUGUGGGGUUAACAAUUUUGGUGGGAAUCAAACGGUUUUUAAAGCUAAUGCAUUGGAAUUGGUGAAGAAUUUGAGCGUGGAAGCUGCCAAGAAUGAUGGGUUUUUUGUUGGGUCUGUGAAUCGGCGGAAUGUAACGGUUUAUGGGUUGGCUCAGUGUUGGGAAUUGCUGAAUGGCUCUGCUUGUGAGAAGUGUUUGAGUGACACAGUCACUAGAAUCGGGUCCUGCCCUCCGAAACAAGAAGGGAGGGUCUUGAAUGCUGGCUGUUACUUGAGGUAUUCCACCCAGAAGUUUUAUAACAACAAUACGGUGACGGAUGGAGGAGGAAAUGGAGGACACAAUCACUUGGCUAUAAUUUUGGCUAUAACAUCUGCUGCAUUUGCUCUUGUGCUGGCUAUUUCCGCCUUUGCUUUCUGGGGAAGGAAGAAGUUUCUGAAGAAAGGGAAAGAGAAAAAGCAUCUAGGUGCUCUGUUUUCCAUUGUGAACAAGUCCCAACUCAAUUAUUCAUAUGAAGUUCUUGAAAAUGCCACCAAUUACUUCCAUGAUUCUAACAAGCUUGGACAAGGAGGAUCUGGUUCAGUUUACAAAGGAGUUUUGUCAGAUGGAAAGGUUGUUGCCAUAAAGAGGUUAUUCUUCAAUACAAGACAAUGGGUGGAUCAUUUCUUCAAUGAAGUCAAUUUGAUCAGUGGAAUCCAUCACAAAAAUCUUGUAAAGCUAUUGGGAUGCAGUAUUACUGGCCCUGAAAGCCUUCUUGUUUAUGAGUAUGUUCCAAAUCAAAGCCUUCAUGACUAUUUUAGUGUGAAAAAUAAUCUUGAGCCACUAAGGUGGGAGUUGAGAUAUAAGAUCAUAUUGGGGACAGCUGAGGGCUUGGCCUAUCUUCAUGAAGAAUCAAAAGUGAGAAUUAUUCAUAGGGAUAUAAAGUUAAGCAACAUUCUGCUGGAUGAGAACUUCAUGCCGAAGAUUGCCGAUUUUGGACUUGCUAGGUUGUUUCCUGAAGAUAAAACUCACAUUAGCACUGCCAUUGCCGGUACAUUAGGUUAUAUGGCUCCUGAGUAUGUCACUCGUGGCAAGUUGACGGAGAAGGCAGACGUUUACAGUUUUGGAGUUCUUGUCAUUGAAAUCAUAUCCGGAAAGAGGAUCAAUAGCUUUGCAUCAAAUUCUGUUUCUAUCCUACAGACGGUUUGGGACUUGUAUGGAACGGGUCAGCUAUGUAAUGCAGUUGAUCCAGUUCUAGAGGGUCAGUUCAUAAAUAGUGAAGCAUCUCAAUUACUUCAAGUUGGACUACUUUGUGUUCAAGCCUCUGCAGAGCUGCGACCAUCAAUGUCAUUUGUAGUGAAAAUGCUCACUGAUCAGAAUCUUGAAAUUCCUCAGCCGACACAGCCACCAUUUCUCAAUUCUGGGAGUGCAGAAUACAGCAGGCAUAAUAUUCCUUCUGGGACUUCCAAUUCACAGCCCGAGUCUCACACACAUUCUUCAAGGAAUAGUAUGACCCAAAGCUGGAUUGAGCCUAGAUGAGCUACCUCACAAGACCUACACCAAACCAUCGGUUCUGAAUUAAAUCUCCACCAACAUUUUGGGAAGAGCUGGUUCAAGCAAUGGACUAGCUGAAACAAUCCCCAUUGAACCAUUGAUAUCAGAUGAUGAUCGAUUCAACCCUGCAGCUUGCGAGUCUGCUAAAUUCUGAAUUAAAAUCAAAUGUACACAGUAUUUUUGUUGUCACAACAUCGGCAGAGCAGAAAGGAAUGCCAAAAUCAUGUAUACUACAUGUAAAUAUGUUUUACUAUUUCUCGGGGUAAAUGUUCUUGUA